CUGGGGAUUGGUUAGAAAUACGUCAGUCAAGACUCAGUCAAAGUCCAUUGGUUGUUGGUGCCAGUGCAGUUUAAACUAUUGUUUUCUUUCUUACCAAAAGCAGUCAGACAGGCUCGGACGGCCAGACACUCUUCAACUAUUGUUUUCUACUGUUACCAUGUUUUCAUCAACGAAGCCCACACUAUCUGUCCUGUGGAUCUAACUUUACACCUACAAGUAGAACUUCCCGCGUAGCAGUCCGGGGAUGCAGAGCCCCCCUCACCUCCUGACUGUCAGUGCCUGUGCCUGGGUCAGCAACCUCUGUCACCUAGGAGAGAUCGUUCCAAGUGACUCCCUGGAGGUGCCAAACGAAGCCGCCAUGUCGGUGACUGUUCAUGAGAAUCGCAAAUCCCGCACCAGCACGGGCUCCAUGAACAUCUCACUGUUCCACAAGCCUUCACAUCCCGACAGUGUCCUGACCCACCUGAACACACUGAGGAAGCAGUGCAUGUUCACUGACGUCACUCUGUGGGCCGGGGACCGCUCUUUCCCAUGCCACAGGGCUGUCUUGGCAGCGUGCAGUCGUUAUUUUGAGGCCAUGUUCAGCGGAGGGCUACGAGAAAGUCUGGACAGUGACGUCAACUUCAGAGACAGUAUACACCCCGAGGUCUUAGAGCUUCUGCUGGACUUUGCCUAUUCUUCUCGAGUCAUCAUAAACGAGGAGAACGCUGAGUCCUUGUUAGAGGCAGGAGACAUGCUGCAGUUUCAUGACAUUCGGGACGCAGCAGCAGAGUUUUUAGAGAAAAACCUGCAUUCCUCCAACUGCCUGGGGAUGAUGCUCUUAUCAGAUGCUCAUCAGUGUAAAAGACUGUACGAGCUGUCGUGGAGGAUGUGUCUAUUACACUAUGAGACGGUAAGAGAAUCGGAGGAUUUCUAUAGUCUGUCUAAAGAUAAACUGCUGGAGCUGAUUCUUAGUGAUGAGCUGGAAAUAGAAGAUGAACAGGUUGUGUUUAACUCUGUGAUGAGGUGGGUUCGAUACGACUUGGAGGGUCGCCGUCACCAUUUACCAGAGCUGCUGAGGGGCAUCAGGUUGGCCCUGCUGCCGUCUGAGUGUCUGCUGGAGGCUGUAGCCUGUGAAGAGCUGGUUAUGGCUGACAAGAGGAGUAGGUCAAUAGUAGAAGAGGCAAUGCAGUGUAAGAAGAAAAUCCUUCAGAAUGACGGAGUAGUGACUAGUCCCUGUGCUCGACCGCGUAAAGCAGGACACACACUGCUGAUACUGGGAGGCCAGACCUUCAUGUGUGACAAGAUAUACCAGGUUGAUCAUAAAGCCAAGGAGAUCAUCCCUAAGGCCGACCUCCCCAGCCCCAGGAAGGAGUUCAGUGCGUGUGCUAUUGGCUGUAAGGUUUACGUCACAGGAGGAAGAGGAUCAGAGAACGGAGUCUCUAAAGACGUCUGGAUCUAUGAUACUGUCCAUGAAGAGUGGUCUAAAGGAGCACCAAUGCUAAUAGCCAGGUUUGGUCAUGGUUCAGCUGAGUUGGAGAAUAGUCUCUACGUUGUUGGAGGUCAUACAGCCAUAGCGGGAGUUUUUCCUGCCUCUCCAUCCGUCUCCCUAAAGCAGGUCGAGAGGUAUGACCCCAUCAGUAAUAAAUGGACUAUGGUGGCUCCUCUAAGAGAUGGAGUCAGUAAUGCAGCCGUGGUUAGUGCCAAACUCAAACUCUUUGUUUUUGGAGGGACCACCAUACAUCGAGACAAGGCCUCCAAGGUCCAGUGCUACGACCCUGUGGGUAACCGUUGGAAUAUUGCGGCUGAAUGCCCCCAGCCUUGGCGCUAUACAGCGGCUGCUGUUUUAGGGAGCCAGAUCUUCAUCAUGGGUGGCGACACUGAAUUCACUGCUGCCUCUGCUUAUCGCUUUGACUGUGAAACCAAUCAGUGGUCUCGAGUGGGCGACAUGACGUCCAAACGGAUGAGCUGCCACGCCGUGGCCUCAGGAAAUAAGCUGUAUGUGGUUGGAGGUUAUUUUGGGACGCAGAGGUGUAAAACAUUGGACUGUUACGACCCCACGUCAGAUAGCUGGAACUCCAUCACCACUGUGCCUUAUUCACUGAUCCCCACCGCCUUCGUCAGCACAUGGAAACACCUACCUGCCUAACUGGGAGACAUCAGGAGCCAGUAACUGAUGUUGAUGUCCUCUGAGAAGGACUCGGACCGGAGGAGAAUCUCCGAGACUCCACCCUGCAGUCAGCAGCCGGCUGAGACUGGAGCUCCACACAGGACCAAUCCUUACAAAAACCAAGCUGCACCUCACAGACUCUGAAUCAGUCCUGAGCAGCCUGAACAGCACAGCACCCAGGUCUUAACACACAGAGAGAGACUUCAUCUCCACACGAUGCUUCCUAAAUAAUGUGAUACUCCUCAAACAGACACUUUGAUGAACCUGACUGAUUGAGCUCAUACAAACACAUGAGUGAUUUUUGGGGGGUUGUGUGUGUUUGUCUCAUGUUUCUUUAAUGUCUUAUUAGUCAUGAUUUCAAUACUAAACCAUUCCAGUCAAUGAUGACCACAUUUACAUACUUAAAGGCAGGGUUGAUGAUGUUCUCCAGUAUCCACUAUCUGUUAUAUUGGUUGAAAUGCUCUUUACCCCCCCGACAGCGAUCCAUUACUGAUGAGCUCUGAAAAAGGAGCGGAAAAGAGCCGUCAUCUGUAGCUGCUGUAAUCCUGUAAAAACAUCUACCAAUCACUGCCUCGAGAUCCGCUUGGAAAGAACCAAUCAGACGCCUCCCAGCCUCCCUGCUCGUACUCUAACCUUGGUGUGCACCGGCCUGAACUCAGCGCGUUGUCGCCGUCGCACGUUUCCUGGAGAAUGGAAGAGAAAAGUCAGCCCUGCAGUAGCACUGCCGCGGUUACUGGUCAUGAGGUAGCGUUGCUGAGUUGAGGUCCUCUCUCCGCUCUGUGGCGGUGAAGUAGUUACGAUGUGACAGUGCUUUUGCACGUGUGUGGGGGGCGUUGCCUUGGAAGGAGCCCUGAGGGGUAGGGGGGGGGGUUUAGACGGAGGUCCUGAGGCCAUGCUACUUUCACAUUAUGCUAGCUUUCCUACAUCAUCGACCCUACCUUUAAGUGGUUUCCCUCGAAAAAUACAAGGAAAUGAAAGCAGGUCCCAGUGUCCUGUGAACCUAAAUCCAGUUCUUAUUUCAGCUUGCAGUACACACACUGACUAUAUUUUCUAGUAUUACUACCACGUCUGCAUACAGUGUUAUUGAAGGGACUGGGUUUGAGAGUUUGAGAAGCUGCUGUCUCUAUCAUCUACAUUAAGAAAAGUCUUACUAAUUUGUCUAUGGGUUUACAUUUACCAGUGGAUCAGUACAUCAGGUAACCAUCAGUGUACGCCAAGACAAGCAUUAGAUUGGACUUCUUUUUUAAUGAACUAUACUCAGUGGAAUACCGUAGUUAAUUAUUUGUAGU